CCUAUUAUGUGCAACUUCUGUUACCAGUGUACAUGUAUCAAGAGACUAAGGGUCUUUCCACAGACUUCAGUGAGCUUCGCAUCAGACCCCUGAAUCCCUACGCAAUCUAUAUAGUGUUCUGUAGCAUGUGGACGCCUGAUCUGGCCCCUGAAGCAGUGACUGUGGUGUCUCUGCCUCUUAAUGCAGAGCUAUUCACAAAGGUUAAUUUCUAGGUUGCUAGUGGGUCUAGACGCUGUCUAGUGUAUUUGCAAUAGGUCACGGUAUUACCUGGGGUUUUUGGUGGAACCUUUCGUCAAAAGGCCGCAAGAGCGUCUGUUACAGAAUGGCUAGGUUGAGGAGAUGGCAAUAGAAGUGAGAUGUGUGCACAUUAGUAACACAAGCCCCUCUCUCUUUCUAAGUUUCAGAUGCCUCUGGAUGUUGAAUGGUAGCACUCUUCCAUACUGGAGCAGCAAAGAUUCCUCCAAGCUUACUUCCAAGGGUGAGACAAGCUCUGUGCUCCCACCGCCUACUUUGCUUUCUCCAGAGGUGCGGCUCCACCGUAAACAGGAAACUGGCGUCCCACGGCUUUGGCGCGUCCAUGGCAGCAAUGUCAUCCUUCCCUCCACAGAGAUAUCACUACUUUUUAGUGUUGGAUUUUGAGGCCACUUGUGACAAACCACAAAUUCAUCCUCAGGAAAUCAUUGAGUUCCCCAUUCUGAAGCUAAAUGGCAGGACGAUGGAGAUUGAAUCCACCUUUCACAUGUAUGUGCAGCCGGUGGUGCACCCUCAGCUUACUCCCUUCUGUACAGAGCUGACUGGAAUUAUUCAGGGCAUGGUGGAUGGGCAGCCAAAUCUCCAGCAAGUGCUUGAGAGGGUCGAUGAGUGGAUGGCGAAGGAAGGCCUCUUAGAUCCUAGCGUCAAGUCGAUUUUUGUAACCUGCGGAGACUGGGAUUUGAAAGUAAUGUUACCAGGACAAUGCCAGUACUUAGGGCUGCCGGUUGCUGAUUACUUCAAACAGUGGAUUAAUCUGAAAAAGGCAUACAGCUUCGCCAUGGGGAGCUGGCCGAAGAACGGCCUCUUAGACAUGAACAAAGGACUCAACCUACAGCACAUAGGGAGGCCCCACAGCGGGAUAGAUGACUGUAAGAACAUCGCUAACAUCAUGAAGACGCUGGCCCAUAGAGGUUUUAUCUUCAAGCAGACCUCCAAACCCUUCUGAUCGGCGGGGCGGGCCGGACAGGGCUGCAUGCGGCCGGCUCCUCCGCUGCGGGAGGACGGGCGAGAGCAUUCAAAGGGCAACCGAGGACAGAGGCGACGCCACACCCAGCUCCGCUGUUACGCCAGUAGAGGUUGUAUAUAUGGAAAGGAAAAUCUCUGUGUAGACCCGACGUGGAUCCCCCUGUCUGGGCUGCUCCGGCCAUCGCCCGCCCUGCCCCCGGAGCCGCCCAGGGCACUUGCACCACCUGGUUAGAGCUGUAGUUCCUUCGUCUUUCUUCGCCCCUGGUUUCCGUUACCCCCUUGUGCCCCCCGGCCAUGGGUCGCCCUCUUUCUUUUCGGUGUUUGUUUCCCUUCGGCCAGGCCCUGCCGGGCGCUGCCGGGUGACCCGCCGGGGCUGCGUGGGAGCUCCAGCCUGACAUGGCCGCGGGAGCCCCGCCCCGCCCUGCCCGCUCCCCUCCCCGUUGCAGUGAACACUAACCCCGAUCCCCUGUGUGUGUCAGCAACCCGGCUUUCUGCUCCUGCUCAAGUGCCUGUAUUCUCUGCCCGCCGGCUUGCCAGCCAGGGCUCUGGGAGCGGGGUGGGGGGCAGCUUGUGCCUCUCCCAGGGGGCUCCUGCCCGGCCCCCCCCACUCACCCCUGCCGAAGCGAUUCCAGCUCCUGGGGGCACCAGGUCCAUUGCUGGCGGUGGACGCACCAGCGAGUGCUGGCACAGAACGACGGUCCUUUUCUGCCCCCCCCCCCAGUCCCACCGCUGAGUGAGCCCCCUCCCCUGCCCACCCACCUGAGCUGCAGCUCUGCCCUCGCCUGCCCCAUUCCCCGCGGUCCGGGCGCUGCCCCUCGUAGGCUCCCGGCCGAGCGCAGCAGCAGCUGCCUGGUUGCCUCGUCCCCUCCGACUAGGGGGCUCUUGGGCCCCGUCCUUCAGGUGGGCUUGGGGGCAGGCCCCAUCCCCUGGAGCCCCAGGGCCAUGGAGCUCCUGCAGAUCAGCCAGGACUCCAGAUCCCUGCUGAGCCCAGGCCGAGGCCGAGGCCGCGCCUGGCGCUGGCCCAUGGUGCUGCUACAGCGCCGGGCACCGUGACCCGCCAGCGGCCGGGCUCCCUCCCGCCCCGCAGCCCGGGGGCUGAGCCGGCUCGGUCACCAGAAAGAAAAUACAGGCACUGAACGUAGCGGUAACCAACUGCAUGGUGUGUGGUGUGCAGCGCAACCAGCCGAUAACGCAAACCCACCGUCCUCAUUGUCUAGUUAUCCUCAUCCUUGCUGUAAAUGUGCCACAUGAAUAAAGUUUGGGGAAAAAGG